UUUUGCGAACCUUUUGUGCAAGUAAAAGGAAAACAAGCUCCAUCAUCUUCUCCAUUCAUUUGCGUAUAAGCUAAAACCCACUGAAAUUGGAUAUCUUCCUGCUUCAAUCCAUUUCUUUAAAUCUCCAAAUUCCUCUUCAACCACACUCAAAUCCCUCAAACGAAACCGAAAUCAAGAACAAUUGGAACCAAAUCAAUCGAAUCCCCAAUUUAAUUCAUGGCUAUCUCCGCCACAGGAAAAGCCCUAGCCGGCGCCGGAAACCUAAUCCGCCUCCUCCCCACCGGCACCGUCUUCCUCUUCCAAUUCCUCAGCCCAAUCCUCACCAACAGCGGCCACUGCGAACCAGUCAACAAAUCCCUCUCUAUUACUCUCAUCCUCCUUUGCGGCCUCUCUUGUUUCCUCUCUUCCUUCACUGAUUCCUACACUGGCGAUGACGGGGUUCUCCACUGGGGAUUCGCUACAGCGUCCGGAAUGUGGCCGGCGCCGGAGUCGAAGACGGUGGAUCUUUCAGCCUACAAGCUUAGGGUAGGGGAUUUCGUACACGCUACUUUGUCUGCUCUGGUUUUUGGGGCUUUGGUGGUUCUCGACUCCGAUACUGUGCACUGCCUCUUCUUCCCGAGCUUUGCGGCUGCGGAUAAGUUGUUGGUUCAGGUUCUUCCGCCGGUCGUCGGAGUGGUUUCGAGCGCGGUGUUUGUGAUGUUCCCGAAUACUCGCCAUGGCAUUGGGUAUUUUGAGUCGUCUGCAACUUUCGGCGGGCGGGUUCAACGUGCAUUAUGAUGAUGAAGGGGAGUGUUGGGAUGUCUAAAUAUGUAAUUUUACAAAUUGAUCAUUAUAUUUAAUUGGGUAU